GCCUAUGAUAAAGCCAUAGAGUACUGUAAAAAUAAGAAACUUAAGAAACAGCCUGAAAACUUUCCAUGGAAGCCGAGUUGGCACGCCUAUGGAAAGUGGAGACAGGAAGCACAAAAAGAGUUAGAUAAGAAAGAACAGGCAAGAAAAAACACACACACUAGAAGGAAAACAGUAACCUGUGGUCAGUUUCUGAAUUUACAGAAGGAUUCCCUUGAUGACUUCAUUCCGUUUCCUCCUCCACCACCUCCCGUUCACCAUGGACCGGGAGGAGCAGAGGACGAUGUGGACGAAGAGGAAGGAAUGGAGAAUGUGCAACGAGAAAGAAGAGCAGGAGGGGAACCUGAUUCGCCCCAGAUGCAGACACGGAAACGCAAAAGGACGGAAAGCGAAUUGAGAAAGAUGAAAGAGAAGGAGAAGCACUUGAAACAGGAACUCGCUAGGCUGGAAAAUAAACAGAAUAAAGAUAGGCUUCCUGAAGAAGCAGCAACGAGAGAGCUGCCGUCGGCACCUUCCUACGACGAAAACAGGCACGACCCUUUCCAGAUGCCCAACAUUCAGGUCAUGGGACCCAGUGGUCCGGAUUAUGUUUUCAGACCAUGGACUAUGGAUGAUAUCAGAACUGUGUGUGAAGAUCUUCCACCCAUUUCUGAGGGAGGACCAAAGUUUGUGGGAAAACUGAGACUGUUUGUUGAGGGUUGGAAGCCAUCCAUCAAUGAACUGGCAAGAGCAUGUGCAUGCAAACUCAAGCUGGACUGGACAAAAGUCCAAGGAUCACUACCUCUUACUACUGAUAUCUUUUAUGAUGCCACAGUGGGAGGCAGAUUUCAGACUGAGUAUACAAACCUGUGCAACAGAAUCGAAAAAGGAUUUCCAGUUAGACUGGAUCUCACAAAACUGUCUCAAACCAGACAGAUGGAAGGGGAGCAAGUCAACGAUUUUCUCCACAGACUGGAGGCUGUGCAUGAAGCUCAUUGCGGGAUUGACAAACCAGAGGAUUAUCCUGGUAUAGUCCUCUCAGCCUGGGAAAGCCACUUGAAGGAACGAUUCCUGAGCGGUCUGAGAAUUGAGAUUCAGAAGAAAGUGAGAGACGACUGUGUAGAAGCAGAAACUGGAAGACUCCAAACAAUCUUGGCAUUUGCGGUACAUGUUGAAAAGAGACUGAACGAAAAGAAACAGAGAAGUAAGGAAGACAGAGAAAGAAAAGAGCAUCAGCUUCAAUGCGCAGUUUUAGAAGCUGCAAAAGGUGGUUUCGGACGUGGACGUGGUCGAGGUCGAGGAAAGGGAAAACAAAAAGGAAAAGGAAAGUCAGGUCCAGAUGGCGAAAAGGAUUUCUCAAAGUACAAGUGUUACAACUGCAACCAACUUGGGCACAUUGCUAGAAACUGCCCUAAAAAGGACAAUGUCCGAGACGAACAAUUUGAGGAGGAGGUGGAAUGAGGGGUACAGGGAAUGAACAUCACAUCCACCAGACACCAAGAAUCCGGUAGCCUGCCUUCUUCUUACUCUGCACAAGCAGCUGAGCUUGUAGCUCUCACGGAGGCGUGUAAAUUUGCAGCAGGCCAUACCGUAACCAUUUACACAGACUCCAGGUACAGUUUUGGGGUUGUUCACAGCUUUGGGACAUUGUGGAAGCAAAGAAACUUCCUAACGUCAUCAGGUAAGGCGAUUGCACACCACACUCUUGUGUCAGCUCUUCUGGAUGCCGUUUUACUACCUAAACAAGUUGCAGUGGUACAUGUUCGUGCACACACAAACGGCUCGUCCCCUGAAGCACAGGGCAAUGCACGAGCUGAUGCAGCAGCAAAAAAAGCUGCUAGAGACCCUACUUACUUUUCAAUACAAGCAACAGUAAUUGAACCUCAGGACGUGACUGUUGAUGAGAUUCAACAGGCUAGAACAGCCAAGGAUGUAAAAGCCUGGCGUAGUUCGGGGUGUACGUUUAAUGGGAAGAUGUGGAAAGGCCCUGAUAACAAACCAUGUCUACCUUCCUAUUACUUUCCUUAUUUUGCGAAAAUGGCCCAUGGUGUGGACCAUUGUUCGAGGGGAGGGAUGGUAGAUGCAGUUAAACAACAAUGGUUUGUUAAAGGCUUCUCAAAUUACUCGCAAACUUUUUCAAAAAAGUGUUUAACCUGCCUGAAGGUAAAUUCAGCAGGUGCAGUUCAAAAAACCCACACACACGGACAUCCAGAACCUGAUAUGCCAUUUGAUCACUUACAAAUGGAUUUCAUUGAAUUGACACCAUGUCAGAAAAAGAAGUAUGUGCUUGUGAUCGUUGACAUGUUCUCCAAAUGGGUGGAAGCGUACCCAACAACUCAUCAGGACACACUAACGGUAGCAAAAAUCCUGAUGAGAGAGAUUAUUCCUAGAUUUGGUAUUCCUAGGAAAAUAUCCUCGGACAAUGGACCCUCCUUUGUGGGAAAAAUCCUGACACACAUUAGUGAUGUGAUUGGCAUGCCAUUGCACAAACACUGCGCCUAUCAUCCACAGAGCGCAGGUUUGGUAGAGAGAACAAAUGGCACAAUUAAACAAAAAUUGAUUAAGGUCUGUCAGGAGACAGGGUUAAAUUGGGUUGAGGCCCUUCCAUUAGUCUGUAUGAGUUUGAGACAGAGAGUGUCAUCAAGAACAAAACUCUCGCCGUUUGAAAUAAUGUUCGGACGGCCACCAAACACGGGAUGUGCUCCCAAAAGGGACACAUUAGCCCUAGAAGACGAUCACAUGCAAAGAUAUUGUGCAACGCUGUGUUCUGUGUUGUCUGAUGUGCACAGGAGGGUGAAGGAGUCUUUACCUAGUCCGGCAGUGACGGGACACACUGUACAACCAGGAGACUGGAUCCUGACUAAGGUCUACAAGAGGGCUAACUGGAAAGCUGAUCGCUGGCAAGGACCAUUCCAGGUGUUGUUGGUUACUCACACUGCAGUAAAGAUUGCUGAGAGGGACACCUGGAUCCACAUCUCACAUUGCAAAAAGGCUCCUACUCCAGAGUAACCUCACAUUUCACCAUGAUGAAGGAAACGGGCAACUGUUUCAAACUCUGUAAGGGACUUGCAUUUGCAGUCGCUUUCAUCAUGAUGGCUGCAUCUAUCUGGACAGCGGUAUGGAUCUGCACACAAGAAAAGCCAGAGAUAAACACUGGACUUAGAGAUCCAAAGACUAACAUAUUUUGGCAAUAUGCCAACUUCACAGUGAGGGAGAACUCCACCUGGAUGGGAAAAGAUCACGUUAAAGGAAUUUGGUGAUAUUGAAGUACAACAAACAAAUAAUUCAAUACGGUGAAACCUAAGGUGAAAAUAGUAUACAGAGUAAAUGAAGUCAUUGCAGAAAGUGAUAAACAUGUAAUGAUGGAUGUACUUCUCUGUGUUCUGUAUUCAUGUGAAUUUUUUUUCCUAUUUUACGUUUGUUUCUAAUGUGUUUGUUUAUCCUAUGUAGUAUUCGGUGGAGUACCUUAAGUGGUCGCAUAGGCAGAUGGACCGUGAGAGAGUUUUCCCUUCUAGUUCGUAAAAGAACGUAUCUUUUGAAAGUUUUGACUGCCAGUUGGGUUUUUCGCUCUGACACUCCACCAUUAUGCUAAUCUAAUUUAUUUACCUGAUUAUAUUUUUUAUUUUUUACUUAUUUUUUAUUUUAUUUUUUUAUUUUUAUUCUUUUUUCCUCAGAAUGUAGAAGGUUUCGAGUGUCCAAGUGACAUGGGGAGGAGUUGUCGUGGAAGAAAAAAUUAAGUUGUUUGUCACUGAAACUCGAACCUUGAAUAAGUUUGUUUAUACUGUUUAAGCUACUGAAUAUGUGAAAUGAACAUGAUGUACUAGAACAGAAUAUUCCACUUCUGUUUGAUAGCAAGUUAACAGUUUAACAACAUCAUUGCUCUUAUCUAUAUGGGUUGAACCUCUAUCUAUAAAAAACAUUACAAAGAAUGUUUUUUGGUCCUUCAGCCUACAUACGCUUUGCUGACUGUUUGGAUCCUCUGCAGAGAAUAAACUAUCAUCUUCUUACUAACUUCA